GCUUGUCCCCAUACAUCGAACUAUACACACCGGUCCAACAAAUUUGAAUCGUACACGGGUAUUAGGAGGAUUCUUGGUACUUCUCGCCAACAUGAGUCUUCGCGAAAAGGUUCGCAGAGUAUUUCGUCGCUCGACUAGCGGUUCGAAAUCGAAGGACAACUCCAAUUCCAUCAAGAUCGAGUAUUACAAGCGCCAUGAGAUUCCACCAUCCAAGUUCAAGGGCCCUUUUGACCGCGAGCAUCAAAAGAGCCUAGCGGCAUGGUCCUUUGACGACGCCCAGGCCGAACGACCCCGGUCCCCAGAUCUUUCUUUGUCCCCUUGCGCAUCUUUGCCCGACUAUUUGAGGCCUCGCAUCCAGGAGGAUAGUGUGGCUCCUGAUGAGGUUCCCUCGCUUGCCCCAGAGGAUUUGUCUGAUGCAUCCGCCACGAUCUCCGAUGAUGAGCACGCCCAGGAGCGCCAGGAGAACAGUGGUUCCACGUCCUCGACCGCUUAUGACCCGGACAGCUAUAGCAGCUCCAUGAUGACUCUCUUCGACGAAGUUAUCCGACAGGACUCGAUCGCCCAACUCAAGGAGACGAUCCGGUACACGUCACCCGUGGUCCGGGCCAUCUCCCCACCCCCACUGUCCCCCAAGGGCAGCUACAUGCCAUUUGCCCCCGAAGAUUUGACCCGUGCGUUGAAUGCCGUGCAAAUCUGUGGUUAAACCGACUUCUGGCCAAGUCCAAUUACUUUUCAUUUCUUACGUCACGUGAGAAUCCGACCACACGGCGCUUACUACUGGGACCCUUUCUCAUUUUAAUUUCCGACGACCCUGGUGUG